AUGCAACAGAAUGGCGCUGAUCCGACCCUGCCGAGUAAGGAGCAGAUGACCAAGAUAUCGAUCUGGUUUUCGACGGCUCUGCGCCACAGUCCAUAUUAUAAGGACAAACACAAUCGAUACUUCGAGAAGGUCAGCACUUUCGAUCCGUACGACGGCUGGGUUGUCAUCGACGAUCUGCUGACAAACUGGAAGGAAAAUGAUCAGUAUAAACACUAUCGUGACAUGCACGAAGUGCUGAUCAAGGGCAGGCCCCACACGUCAUUCGUGUACUGGGUGCUGCUAAACUGCUGUGAGAUAAUUGAUCAUCACGGCAUGCAGAAGGGCAGGCUCCAGAUGAAGUGCGUUGAUGAUAGCCUGCUGCUGCCGCAAAG